AUGGAUGUGUCAAAUGAAGCGAGAGAUUUAGCCGAACCAUUGGUGGUUCCGGCUGUCUCUGAGCGUAAGCAUCCGACAAACGUCGGACUCGAGAGCAUUUUAACAGAGACUUCACUUCCUUACCGGUGGCGCGUGUACUUAGGCGCUGGCAUAGAGAUGAAACUCCUUUUCCGGCUGGCACUUCCGGCGAUACUUGUCUACGUAAUCAACAACGGAAUGAGUAUUUCGGCUCGUGUUUUCGCCGGACAUCUCGGCGGUAAAGAACUCGCCGCUGCAUCACUCGGAAACAGCUGCUUCAAUCUCGUCUAUGGCCUCAUGUUGGGUAUGGGUAGUGCUGUGGAGACACUAUGUGGACAAGCAUAUGGUGCCCACCGGUACGAGAUGCUUGGGAUCUAUCUCCAAAGAGCAACACUUGUUCUCGCCCUAGUUGGCUUGCCCAUGACGGUACUAUACACCUUCUCGUACCCCAUUCUUCUCCUCUUAGGCGAGCCCAAAACGGUAUCGUACAUGGGAUCCAUGUACAUCGCCGGACUUAUCCCUCAGAUCUUCGCUUACGCCGUCAACUUCACUGCCCAAAAGUUCCUCCAAGCACAGAGCGUAGUAGCCCCCAGCGUGUACAUCUCAGCCUUCGCACUCCUCAUCCAGCUAUCGUUGACGUGGAUCACCGUUUAUGUAAUGGACAUGGGACUUAUGGGCAUAGCCUAUGUUCUUACUAUCUCUUGGUGGGUUAUAGUUGGGGCUCAGAGUUUUUACAUUGUGGUUAGUCCGAAGUUCAGACACACGUGGACUGGUCUUAGUUGGAGAUCGUUCCAAGGUCUUUGGAGCUUCUUCAAACUAUCUGCUGGCUCUGCUGUUAUGAUUUGUCUGGAAAUGUGGUAUUCACAGAUUCUUGUUCUUCUUGCCGGUUUGCUCAAAGAACCUGCACGCUCUCUUGAUUCUCUCUCCAUCUGCAUGUCAAUUUCAGCAUUAUCCUUUAUGGUUUCCGUUGGUUUCAACGCGGCUGCAAGUAUACGAACAAGUAAUGAGCUUGGAGCAGGAAAUCCGAAAUCAGCAUUGUUCUCUACAUGGACCGCGACUUUUGUUUCCUUCUUGAUCUCUGUGGCGGAGGCACUCGCCGUGAUAUGGUCACGUGAUUACGUCAGCUACAUUUUCACGUCGGACGUUGACGUCGCUGAAGCCGUUUCUGAGCUCUGUCCUUUUCUCGCCGUCACCAUCAUUCUCAACGGAAUUCAACCUGUCUUGUCCGGAGUGGCAGUGGGAUGUGGAUGGCAGACAUACGUGGCAUAUGUGAACGUUGGUUGUUACUAUAUUGUUGGUAUUCCCGUUGGCUGUAUUCUCGGCUUCACUUUCAAUUUUCAAGCCAAGGGAAUAUGGACAGGAAUGAUUGGAGGUAGCCUCAUGCAAACACUCAUCUUACUCUACGUCACGUAUCGAACAGAUUGGGAUAAAGAGGUGGAAAAGGCUAAGAAACGUUUGGAUAUGUGGGACGAAAAGAAGGAGCCUCGCCAAAACUAGCCUAGUUUAUAACAAGUGCGGAGGAGUAAAAGGAAAGUAAAGAAAAGAUAGCAAAGUGUUGUAUCUUGAGGUGAU